AGAAAAACGGUAUUAUUUUGAUAAACGUAGCCUUUUCACAGUUCGAGAUGUGGCAACCCCGCAACAGACGAUGCGGGGAAAUGAUUGUUUUGGUUUUGAGUGAACGUUAUGGAGAAACAACAGCGAUUGAAAGGAAAGUUCAUAUCGGAGAAACAACUAAAAAAUCAUGUAAGGAAAAAAAGGAAUGAAGAAAAAACAAGAGGAAUGGCACACAACCCCAGUUGAAAAGAAAUAUCCUUGCGAAGGAAGUCGCGUAGUUAACCUCAAAAUACUGGGGAAAAAUUUAAAAUGCCGCAAGUGCGAAAAAGUUUUAUCGCUAGAAGAUGUUGUUGAAGAGAGAAGAUCCGGAUUACAUUGUAAAUUAAUAAUCAAGUGCAAUGUUUGUUCUCUGCUGACAGAAGUGGCAACUGAAGAACAGCACAAUGUUUGCGAUGAAUCAAACCAUUUUCUCAAAGCAAAAGUUCACAACGAUGUGAAUACUAAUGCCGUCUUAGGUGCUGUUCAUGCUGGUAUAGGAUGUACCCAAUUAAAUAAAAUUUUGGCAUGUCUAAAUGUACCAAAUAUAUCGCCAAAAAUGUAUAAGCAAUACGAACAAGAAGUUGGCCCUGCGAUUGAAGGAGCAACGCAAGAUUCUUGCAAAAAGUCUGCCAGUGAAGAAAGAAAAUUAGUUAUUGAUAAAAUAGAAGAAUUACGUGACGUAUUGUAA